CAAAAAAACAACAGAGACUAUACAGCCGCAAAUAAGAGCAAGAUAAAACCACCUACAACAAUUAAACCAAAAGUGUCUAUCAGUGUAUCAACACUCGAAGCUAAUUCAACAAAAAUUAAUACGGAAGAGCAACACAUAAUUUGCACCCAAGAUAACAAAAUGGUUGUGGAAGCUAUGCAGAUUCAAUCCUAUCAUCAUCAACAACAGCAACAAACUCCCACCAAUCCCAUGGAUAUUGCAAUGGAUUACUCUAAAAUCGGACGCACCAUUAAGAGUGCCCUCAUGAAGGCCCAGACAGAGUCCCGUGUCAUUGUGGGCCUAAGCGCCGCCAUCAAGGUGCUCUCAAAGGCCACCGAAGGUUCCCUCUUCUGCUUGAUGGCAGUGCCACAAGCCGGCGAUUCGGCCACACACAUGCAUGAAGUCUUGCUGGAGGCGUUCUGCUAUGAGAACGACAUCUAUGUGAUCAAAGUCGAUUGCCCCAUAAAACUCAGCCGCAUUCUGGGCAAGACCAAUGUGGAAUCCUGCUGCUUGGUACAAAAGACCUGGACUGGCGAUCAAACUGAAGAAACUUUAAAUAAGCCCGAAUCAUUGCUGGUGGACUUCUGUGAAGCCCAUUGGGAUGCCAGCGAAAAUCCAGUGAUUCAACUACCCAAUGUGUGAACUACCCCCGCACACGCAAUUUGGAAAUUUCUCCCCUUAUAGUGGGGGGAUGUACCCUCUACACUACUUGAGUAAGGUAUUAAACCAAGUGAGCGCUGAAAACGUUUGGACCCAUUUGACGACUGUACAAAACGAUCUGCGUACUGGCGAUCAAUCCGACGUUUAUGGUGUUCAUUAAAACUAAAAUAUCGACAACACUUUUGAAAUACAACAAAAAACUGGAGUAGCAGCCAUCAUGCCGUCAACAACAACAGACAACGCACUGCAGCAACAUCAACAGCAGCAAGGUUGUCUACAUUCUCCAGGAACAGUCUGAAAGCAGGCAGUAACUGCAAGCAGCUUUAGAUUACAAUAUUUAUAGUGAAAACAAAUAUUAGAUUUAUAACAACAAUUUCAUCAUCACGAGCUAAGAAAAAAGACUCGUUUUAAUAAUCAAUGGGUCUCCCCAGCAGCAGCAGCGGAAAGCGAAGCGGAGAAGAGAAGUAAGCUGGCCCGGCAGCUGUCAUAGGCUUAAUAGAAAAUCACAUUUAAUUUUAAUUAAAUCUAAGCUGAGAACAUUUUGUUAUUAAGCUAAAUUACCUACCUAUACGAAAUGGAAACAAAAAAAAAAAAAAAAACAAAAAAAUAGCAACAAAUCAGUAGAAAAUUAUGUUAUUGAAAAAGCGCAUUUUCGCACUCAGUGGAGAAGAAAGAAGAAAGCAAGAAAACGCAAAAGCAAAAAAUUGUUAUUAUUUUAUUAAUUUGUUAGAAGCAAAUAGAUUUUACGCAUUGAGAAUAAUUUUUGUUUACACAAAGAAAAAGUAUUUGUUAUGUUAGCUUUUCGUAGGCAAUCAAUUUGUUAAUACCUUUUUGUUUAAAAAAAAAGAAAAAAAAAAACAAACCAUUAUCAUCCUUAAAGAAAAAAA